UUAUCAACUGGUCGUGUUUUUCAUGCUGAAAUUCUAAGACAUCAAAUAUCAUUAAAUGAAAACGAGAAUGAAAAUGAAAAUAACAGCAAUGAAUUCAUAACUAAUUCUGAUGUUCUUCUCAUUGCUUUUCAUCAUGCAGCAUAUGAUCGAGCAAGUUCUCCGAUCUUUUUCAAUGAUCUAUGUUUAGCUUAUAAUACUAACGCAACAUCAAUAGAAGAUGAUGAACCAUUGCAAUAUAUUGAUUAUAGUAUACAUGAACACCUAAUUGAUAUGGCAACAUCUCGUGAAUUUUGGUAUUUACAAUUAGAAGGAUACAAUUUCGAGUAUCAAUUAUCAUUACCAGUUGAUCGACGUCGUUUGACUAAUGAUCAUCGAUCGAGUUCUGCUUGUACCACUCAGAUCUCUUUUGAAAACGAGAUUUCACAAUCAUUUCUUGAUUAUGCUUCUAUACAUCAUGUGACACCAUUUCAAUUAGGUAUAAGUAUAUUAUGUGCUUUUCUUUUCAAGUUAACGCACGAUGAAAAUGAUAUAUGUAUUUCUUGCUUUAAUGCUAAUCGAUACAAAACGGAAUUGCAGAAUAUAAUGGGAAUGUUUGUUUCGACAUUACCAUAUCGUAUGCAACUUGAUCCUCGAUCGUCAUUUGAUGAACUUGUUAAAUAUGUGCAAGAAAAAUGUUUAUCAAUUCUUGAACAUUCUCAUUAUCCACUUCAACAUAUUCUUGCUGACUUGCAUAUUAAUCAAUCAAAUAUUUCAUUUCUUGAAGCAAUGUAUGACUUUAUAACUAUAUCAUCACACAGCGAUGAAUUAUCUUUGGAUGGAGCAAGUCUCAAACACGUGUCAUUUGAGCGAUCGUUUGAAGUGGCUAAGUUUGAUUUUAUGUUAACAUUUAUCUAUAAUCCAAUGUUGGAAAACAAUAGAUUAUUAUUUCUUUUAACUUGCUCACAUGAUCUGUUUGAUGAGAUUACAGUGACAAAAAUAGGUCGAAGAUUGGAAUAUUGUUUUCAACAACUUUUUUCGUCGAAUCAAACUAUUAAUCAAAGUGAUACAUGUUUUACAUCUAUAUCGAAAUUUAAUCUUAUUCUACCAGAAGAAACUCAAGAAAUGGAAGAUAUUAUCUUUUGUCGACAAUCACAUAUUAUAAACGAAGGUAUGUUUAAACUAGGCAUAGAGUUUUUCUUAAUUAACAUUCAUAUUGACAAUCAACACAUUAUGCAAAAAUAUCUCUGCAAAUAUGUUCUUAUAUCAUUCAGAUCAUCCUAG